AUGAAUUUACUGAAUUUGGGUCUUCCUUCCAAACGAAUCAUUUUGAUCGGUCUUCCACCCUUAGAUGAAGCAAAAUGGGGUGCACGUCAGCUGCUCGAAGGCAAACCGUUCAAUCGAGAUAUGAAGAACUGCCAGGCUUAUGUCAACGCUUGUGCGCAAGCUGCUCUUUCGACCCAAGCCCAAUUUCUCAAUCUGUACGAGGCUAUGAUAGCACAAAAGAGUUGGACAGACAUGUUGAUCGAUGGUCUGCAUUUCUCACGUCCAGGAUCGGAAUUCUUCGCUCAGAUUCUCAUCUGGUCUUUGGAGGAGCAGCUAAGCGGUACUUGUCCAAUCCUUUUCCCUGAUUGGAAAGAUGUAGACAAGGCGAACCCGGAGAAAUCUAUUUUCAAGUUUCUCCAUACCGUGCCUAAUGUGCAUACGCAACUGCAGCGCUUAAUCGUGAAGUGUUCCAACAACUCUGGAGGCAUGAACGUUCAGCCUGCUAAAUUGGAAGUUGACGGUCAGCCGAUCUUUAUGAAACGGCGUGUAAUCCCAUAUGGUCAACGUGAAGAUGUAUUGAAAGCCAUCGAGAAAAUGGAGCGUGAUGUUAUAACCACUCGUGUUACGUCAAGUGCGUGGGCAACACCAAUUGUGGUAGCCAUCAAAAGUGACGGUAAAUCACCACGAAUCUGCGGUGACUAUCGGUUGACCCUGAACCUUCAGAUGAGAAAGUGUGCCACCACUACUCUUUUACCAUAA